AUGGAACGUAACGAAGGAGUGGAUUCAUUACGCCAGUUACUUGUGAACCGCCGUGAGAAGGCAGAAGAAGCCGAAUCUUGUGGUGAUGGAUCAUUGCAACAUGAAGCAUAUCAAAUGAUAUCUUAUCACCAGAAUGUUGGAAACACUUUUGAACAAGUUAUGGCCGAUCUAAACUAUCCAAAAGGUGACAAACCUGCUGAAGUAACUAAUCAGGUUAGUAUCUGCAUUGAAUGGUUACACAAUGAGGCAUCGCAAAAUAACAGCUCUCUUGGAUUGACUUCAUCUGACUUCUCUGCCAGGAAAAUUGUUGAGAUUUCUAAAGAUGGUAAAUUAAAAGGGUCUCAAGAUCUCCUUAAUAUUGAUAAGAGUAAUCUCCUAAAGAUUAUUAUUGGAGUAAUCCAUUCUAUGAAAGAAUCUUUUGACACUACUUUCUUUUUGAAGUAUAUUUGUUCUCAAAUUUCUCAUCUACCCCUGGAAGUUUUAUGGACACUACACACCCAUAAUGUUAUGACCCUUGAUAUUUAUCUUCAACACAAGGUGCUUGAUUCAUCAGUUUGCCAAGUUAUUUCUUCAGCAAUUAUCAGACUCUGUAAUUCUUCUGAUCCAGACACAUUAGAAAAGAGGAAAGAUAUUGUGAAAGUGAUAUUUGGUGUUUUGGUCAAUGAAGCAUUUCCACUCAAUUCCAACCAAUUGUCGUUUUCAGUAUAUAAGGAAGCACAAAAAAUUCUUGACCUUUUAAUAUCAAGUAUUUCUGAAUUAAAUGAAAAUGAAACUCUUUCACUUCUUCCAAUUGAACUUGCUGCAGAAUACAAGUUAAUAAACCGUGAUGCAUUACAUAAGACUUGUGUCCAACAGUUAACAUUCCUGCUUGGUCAUAAACCAAGUUUCACAGUAUCCGAUGCAAUCAAGAAGCAAGACCAGUGGACGUACAGCAAGUUAUCUCCUCUUAAAAAGGCUCUUUUUAAACAGUUCUUGAUCGUAUUGGAUGCAAAUUGUGUACUAAAUAUAAUAAAGAACAUUCUUGAAAGUGAAGAAUUUAACUGGAAAUGUGUACUUUCUUUUGCUGCAACUUACCUUAUCUGUUUUCGGGAAGCCCCAGCUCUUCUUAAAAAUUACAUCAAUGACACCUUGAAAUAUGGAAUAGACUCUGCUGAAAUAGAUAGCACAAUAAUUGCAUUCUUGUUUGCUCGCCAAGGUUGCUAUGAAGGACCUUAUGUCUUUGGAACUUACCCAGAUUGGUUUGAGUUCACUUUUGGCAGUCCAACUAAGUCAUUGGCCAACACAAGAAAAUCUUUCACUUUUCUCAUGAAAUUUUUAUCUGAUCUUGUUCCCUAUGAAUCCGCUAUUCACCUAAAGGCUCAUUUAAUAAAGCCUCCUUUCAUCCCAGCACUCUGUAAACCAAUUUUUGCUGAAUAUUCUACUUUGGCCAAAACUCGACUUUUAGAUCUCAAGCAACCGCUCUCAAUGUCAACAGUAUUUUUAGAUAGUACAGAUGAAAUAAUGGAUAAAAAGAUGAAAACCAAAGAAGCUGCUGAAGAUGUAGCCAAGGCAGUUGCAUCUUAUGCAUCAUCUGGAAAAAUUCCUGCUAGUGUCAUGGAAGCAACUAUCUUCCGGCGACCAUAUUUUGUUGGCUAUUUCUUACCAGCUUUGUUGCAACCUCGAGCGCUUCCACAAAAGCCUGAUGUAAAAAUGAAAUUUAUCAAAACUUUAAAAGAUGCUGGAAAAAUCCCAUUAAACAUUUAUAACAAUUACAUCAAAGCCUGUAAAGAGCAAAUUGAAUCUUUUAAGAUUGAUUCUGUUCCAAUGGAUGAAGGAGAAUCUAAAACUCCAAAUACGAAUGUCUCUUUGAUUGAAAAGCUACAACCGCUUUUGGAUCAAUUCGUUGAGGCUGUGAAUAAUCCUUGCUCAACGCCACCUGGAGUUUAUGGCAAUAAAAUUUCAGAAUGCCUUUCACUGCUGUCUGAAUGUCUCAAAAUGGUUAGUCCUGAGUGGAACAGUGACCAAACACCAGUUACCACAUGUAAUACCAUUGUCCUGGAUUUAAAAUAUCCUUCAUUGGAAGAAAAACAUAUUCAGGUGGUAGAAUGUCUUCUAAAUGCUGCUUCCCAAGCAUUCCUUGCUGUCUAUACCUUUUCACAGCCAGAUUACACAUGGGCUUUCCAAUUUAUGCAGUCUCUUAGCAUCCAUGUUAUGCUUUUGCCAGCUUUCUUUUUUAGUUUAUGGAGGCUAGCUUUGCUUGAGUGUGAUAAGUUAUCUGAUGAACAAGUGAUAAGCUUAGGUGGAAUUUUAAGUCAUGUCGCUCUCUGCUCUCAAUAUCUUCCGCAAGUCCAACUUGAAGGUCAUGCAGAAUGUAAAGAAUUAAAAGGUGAUUUCUGCAAAGUUCUCUGGGAAUCUCUGCUUUGUUCAAACCAGAAACAGAUGCGUAAUGUUCUCAAAUUGUCUUCAGCAUUUUUGAAGACAACAUUUUAUUCCUUAUCUGAAUUAACUGAUUCCAAAAUUGACUUUGUUCCAGAACAUCUUGUGAAAAAGUUUGUGUAUCUUUGUGAGCGACUCUAUCCCGAAACCAGAUUUGAUGCCAAUUCUAAUCAAUGUUGGAGAGAAGAAGUAAUUAUUUAUAAAUCAGAUGCUUUUGCUGUCCUUAAAAAUAAAUAUCAGCUAACAUUGAAAGACUGGUUAUCACUUGAAUUAUCUGUGGACCCUGAAUGGGAUUCUAUUUGUCUUAGAGAGCGACGCCUCUACCAAAAUUGGAUGUUGUUGCAGUACCAAAAUUUGGAAGAAGAUGGCCAAAAUGUGAGAGAGAUUUGUUCAACCAUAUUCAGAAGUCUUUUAGAUGCCAUUUUUGAGAGUUCCAAUGAGCAGAAAUUCCAAAAUUGUUCCAAGUGCCACCAAGACUUUGCAGGACAGAAGAAUAAAUUCAGAAAUAAACAUGAAAUAUUUUUGAUGCUACAGAAAUCAUUGAAGCAGUUGAUGGUUCAGAAUCAAGAGUAUUCUAAUCAAGUACCAUGGCUUCUGAAAGAGUUGGAAGCCAUUACAAACAUAGAUUCCUGUCCGGAUAAGCAAAGGGUGAUGGUUAAUGCUCUAAUUGGAUCAGAACUUAUGCUCGGCCUUCCAGCACAUCUUUUAUUUACUGAUUGCUCAUCAGUUUCUCCGAGUGAGUCAGCAGUUAAUGCACUCAUCACAAUAAUUAAUACAAUCUUGAAAGACCAUUUGAAUGAAGGCUUUUCCUUGUCCAAUAAUUUCACGCUUCAUAUUUUUCAGGGUUUGGUGUCUGUGAAAGACAUUUUAUCAUCAAACUGUCUCCAAAGACUUGUACAUUCUUGUCCACUUCUUUGGUCUUCUUUUCUGAUUCAUGGUGAGUCAUGGGGAUACAAUCAAGUCUUUUCUGACCUUGAUUCCAAUAAUUUAAGCAAAAUGCUAAGAUUCAUUUCAAUUCUUUGGGAACACAAAGAUUGGUGGAAAGAUAGGCAUCUCAUUGCUGAAAUUCCUGUGAAUCUUUGUGCUGCAUCACUGGCAUCCAUAAUGAUAGAACAGAAUGUUAUACUGAAGGAGAAUGAACUUCAACAUUUGGGAAAAGAGAUUUCUUGUGCCAGUUUUGUAUGUCUACUCAGUAAAGUUGCCCAGUAUAUAUUAAACUACAGGACUGUACCGCCAUCUUUGUUGAAAUCAGCAGGUCAAAUGUUGAUUACCUCCCCUUGGCUUUUUCUUUCUUUGUCAAAAGAACCUGUACCUUCACACCUUGAAAAUACUGCAUGCAUUUUACCUGUAAGUUCCUUGACUUUUAGGUGCAUCGUUGUUUUCAGAGUUCUAAUGGAAGGCUGUGACUUAAAGAGUGUCUCUGACUUGAUGUGUAAUGAUUCUUUCCUGGGCAUUUUGUUGGAAUUUCACCAAGAAAUAACUGAACUCUAUGACAAGACUGAAGGACCAAAGAAAGAUGCACUGAGUGAACAUAUUCUUUAUUGCAGCCAUCUUAAGCCUCUCACAAUGCAUGAUAUUUUGAAUGUGGCUGGCUUUGUCAAGAAGAUUAUUUCUGGUGUUUCUCUGCAUGCAUUACAGCAAACAAACCCAAAAAUAUGGCAGUCAAGUGAUUUGGAUAUCCAACAAGUUUUUAAAGAAAGGCUCCAGGGUAAUUGUGAUUAA